AUGGACAAGAUCAAGGAGAAGCUUCACAUCGGCAGCAAGAACAAGGCCGAGAACGAUGUCACCACCAGCACUGGUAAUGUCGGUACCAUCGAGGAGAACCGUGACUCGAUCGACUCUGAACUCGCCGCGAUGCCCCCUCAAGAGCGCGUCGCCUACCUGAAAGAAUUCGAAGACUCAGACAAGCACGACACGCCAAAGAAGGGCGGUCUCCUCGAGAAGCUCAUCGCCCGAGGAAACAAGAAGACCGAAGACCAGAUUGCCCAAGAGACCAAGGAACGCGAGGCGCGUGAAGCUGCUCACCGCGAUGCAACACACGCGACUAUGGGCCCCGGCGCCGGUGCCAGCGCACAUUCAGCCGCAGGACCCGGUGGAUUGUAA